UCCCUCCCCCUCUCUCUCUCUCCCUCCGUCCGCAUUUCGCCCCGCCUUGCCGUCCGACCCCUGAUGCUACCUGACCAUGCGGGGCACAGGCUCUAGCCCUGGAGCCGGAGCGCAGCGGCCGAGUGUCCCGGCGGUGCCGGCCUCCGGGCUACCCCCACGCGCACCGCUCCCCCUCGAUGGGACUCUCUCCCUGCAGCACACCUCGGACAUGGUGCGGCGCCUGAAGAAGCGGAUCGCCGGAACAGCGGCCACGAUCGGACGCGAGGACCCCGGAUCGCGUGUCCGGCGAUCUUUCUCCUCCAGCUUCGGUGACCUGCUGGCCGGGCUACCCCUGGAAGAGCCGGGUGCCUCUGGCAGUGGCAUUGGGGAAGCGCCUGGCUUUUCUCUCGCCGCCCUGAGUAGCGGAGAUGUCUCCGACUCAUCGCUCUCCUUCUCCUCACUGCUGAGCGGCCCUGGUGGUAUGCGUCCAGCCGACUCGGUCGUGGCCGCGACGCAUUAUGGCAGCUCCUCCCCCCUCACCGGGAUCCCACUAUCCCUGACGGCAUUGUCGUCCUCCUUUUCCGGAUCUUCCACGACUCCGACCGCCGGCCCUGGGGUCCUAUCGGCCUCGGCCGGGCCCGGUCCAAGUGCCGGCACCGGUGCCUCUCGACUCACGGCUUCAAUGCUGGAGCCAGUCGAGGGAGCCGCGGCUCCGGCCACAGCUACGACAGCAUCAUCGGCAACCACGACAGCGACGGCAACGACGGCGACGGCAGCAGCAUCAGCAGCAGCAGCAGCAGCAGCAGCAGCAGCACCUCUGCCGAUGAUGGCGGCCAUCAGUUCCAUCAGCCGGCCGCGAUCCCCUGCACCGAACGACCUCCCCGCAUCGAAGCGCCCGCGAUCGGACGCCGACACUUCCCCCCCAGGACCUCCUCCGGCAUCCCUCCUCCCGACGCCUCAAUUCAUGCCACCCUUUCUCGGAGACUUCGCCGGGCCAGCGGACGAGUACCUGCGCGGCGCGCCGGCACUGACAGAUCUGGAAUCAGCAGCUCGAUCGCAGCCGCAGCAACCGUCCGUGUGGAUGGCGUUGUUGAAGCAUCACGAGGCCUCGACGGCCGUCCGACUGGAGGCCUACCGGCGCGAGGGUGUCCCAGCCACAUCGGCCGCCUUCACCAACGCGCUGAUUCAACUCCGGGGGAAUUACCACCUGGCCCUGCAAUCCAUUGGGGCCGACUCACCCAAUGACCCGCUGGUAGUCCGGCUUUGGCUGCGUUUCACCGACCUGCAGCGCAUCACAGGUGACGACAACGCCUCCAUCGAGGCUUCCUUCCGGCGACUGGAUGCCGGGCGCAUUGGCCGACAGGAUGCCCGACUGGCUGUGGCAUAUGCAGACUUCGAGCUCCGCCGAGGACGCCCGGCUCGUGCGCUGGAGAUCCUUCAAAACGGUGCCCUCGACGGGGCCCUCCCCUAUUCACACCUGAAGGCGGCUCUGACCAAAAUGAAAGAUAUUCAGAGAUCCCAACAAUCACAGUCGCCAUCACACUCACAGCAUCAGCAACAUCAGCAGCAACAGCAGCAUCAGCAACAGCAGCAACAGCAGCAUCAGCAGCAACAGCAGUCGCAGUCACAGUCGCAGUCGCAGUCGCAGUCGCAGCCCCAGGCUCCGACCACCACCAUAUCACCUGUAUCCACGUCACGCCCCCAUCGUCCCCCCGGCACUGCAACAGACACUAGCCGGGCAACCGCCGAGCAGAUUACCUCCUUCUUCCGAGAGGCGGCUUCGCGUCCCGCCAGCCUUGCGACAUCGGUUUCGGGGGCAUCCCCGGCGGAUGGCCUUCCGGCGGCGGUUCCGCGUGCCAUUGCCAGUGGCCUCUCUUCAUUUAGCCGGUCUGCCAACCUGCUGACAGGUGAGGCAUCGGGCUCGGGUAUGGGCCCGACUUCGACCGGGGCCACCAGCGGCUCGGCCGCCUCGCCGCCCCUGCGGGAUAAGCCCAUCCGUCAGACCGUGGCCAGUCUCUCGGCCUCGCUGCAUGCACUGAGCUCGCAUCAGGGCCAGCAAGUGGCCCGGCUGGCGGCCGGAUCGGCACUUCAAUCGGCCUCGACGUCCACCAGUCCCGGGGGGGACCCAUCGCUCCCGGCCCCGGGCGCCACCUCGGCGGCUAUUUCCCCACCGACCUCGGCUCCAGCCUCGGCCCCCCUCCAGACCAUGGGACAAGCCUCGCACCAGGUCCCGGUUUCGACCCUGGCCGGGGGAUCGGCUCCAGCUCCGGCUCCCAUUCCCCUCCCGGCCCCGACCUCGGCCCCGCCGCCACCCCCGCCGCCUGUACCGGUUGGUGGUCGGCCAGCCAGCCCGCGCGGCGGGGACCAUGCCCUGGGCAGUGUCACACCAGUUCGGACACCGGUCCACAGGGGGGCUGGGUCGCCGGAAUCCGCAAGUCGCUCGCGCAUGGGCCAGCAGCUGGCCUCCCCGCCACCAGGAGAUCGGGGUCUUUCCCCGGCUCGUGGGGCCGGUGUUGGCAUUGUCGGCCCAGCUGCCGCGUUGACGCCCAGUCCGGGGCAACGGGGCGGCCGGCGCGUUGGUGGGGCGCUGGUGCCACCACCCCCGCCACCCCUCUCCGGAACGCCGACGGCCACGGCACAGCUGGCCGGGCCCCGGGGCGCAGGGCGGCCUUUGGCCACGUCUUCGGGGCCGACCCGGCCGGCCAGCCCGGCCAGUGGCAGUCCGCAGACUGCGGCCUUCCGCGCGCCACUCGACCAGCCGGUCUUCCACUCGCCCAUCUCCAAGGCCAUGUCGCACCGGAGCCAGGAGGCCCCAGCCUUCAAGUACGCGGCCGAGGUGGCCGCGCGCGAGGGGCUCACCUCGAGCAGUGACACCUCCGUCGUCGAAAAUGAUCGGUUCAUUCGCAUCAACAACAUUUCAUACACCAUCGAGGCGACCAUCGGCAAGGGCGGCUCGAGUCGGGUUUUCCGCGUGGUCGAUGAGGCUGGCCAGGCGUUUGCUCUCAAGCGAGUCAAUGCGGUGAAUGAUGAUGAGCAGACCUUCCAGGUGUUCGUUAAUGAGAUUGCCCUUCUGCGGCAAUUGAACUCCAAGAGCAAUGUCAUCCGGCUGAUCGAUUCAUCCAUCAAUCGGAAGGAUCGGCUGAUCUACAUUGUGAUGGAGCUCGGCGACACCGACCUGGCACGCAUGCUCCACCGGCGGCGCGGCGAGGCCGUGGACUUCAAUUUUAUUCGGCUCUACUGGCAGGAGAUGCUCCGAAGCGUCAAGGUCAUUCAUGAUGAGUUCAUCGUGCACUCGGACUUGAAGCCGGCCAACUUCCUGCUGGUCAAUGGUCAGCUGAAGCUAAUUGACUUCGGCAUUGCAGCCGCUGUCAAGUCCAACGAGACCAAACUCAUUCGAGACUCACACAUGGGCACGCUCAACUACAUUUCUCCCGAGGCCCUGGUUGAUGGGAAUGGCGCCAUGUCAGGUAGUCAUAAGAUCAGUCGCAAGUCUGAUGUCUGGUCACUCGGGUGCAUUUUGUUCCAAAUGGUGUACGAGCUGGCCCCCUUUGCGCAUAUCGACAGCCUGAUUCCGAAAGUCCGGGCCAUCACCGACCCGUUGCACGUCAUUCGCGUCGAGCCCAUCCGGCCGGUGGAUAGCGUGCCCCUGCGGGAUGUGAUUGCCCGGUGCCUACGCCGGGACCCCGACAGCCGGCCGACCGUGGCACAGCUCCUGCGUCAUGCAUUCCUCCGCCCGGAUCGCCACCUGGCGCGGUACUUUGAAAUCCGCCAGUCGGAGCGCUCUUUCACAUCGCUGCGACUGAAGACACCGGCGGGCGAGGCCCCAGCAGGCAGCAGUGAUCCUCUGGCCACCGGGUCUUCCCUGGAGCUGGCUGACGGGGACAACUCGGUCAUCGAGUGGUGGAUGGACGAGGAGGAUGUUGUUGACAAUGAGGCCCAGCUGUUGGGUCCCGGGGCCCGGCUCGGCGCUGGCAGCCGUGGCUCGCCCCCGUCAUCCUCCCCCCUCCCCUCCUCGUCGUCCUCCUCGCAGCCGCCCUUUGCGAGCGGCCGGUAGCCCAUCAUCGUUGGCACUUGGCUAGCGGUGUGCGCUCAUUUUCUCCCCUGUGCAUAUGCGCCGGUCGGUCGGUCGGUCCGUGCGUGCAUGUGUGCAUGUGUUGUGCAUGCGUGUGUGUGUGUGU